ACCCCCUCCUCCUCCGUCAAUCCUCAGUCCAGCAGGUCACGUGCUCAACGCAACUUCCUCUUCCUGUCUAAGAUGGCGAAAAAUGUGGAGAACGACCUGAGUUUCCUUCAAAUCAUUUACGAAAUCAUUCGAAGCAUUGAAAAAGAUUCCCACGAUGUGCCCCAGAAAGUGACAGACUUGAAGAACCGGCUUCAACGGGGCCGCGAGAUUGUGGACAAAAUGCCGGGCAUCCAGCACACACGGGAAGAGCAGAUGAAACACAUAGAGGUGCUUCGUAAACAGCUCAUCACCAAGUGCGACUUGAUAAAGAAAUACAAGAACUUCCACACCUUCAACCUGUCUCGGUAACCGAUUCCCCACUGUUGUGCAGAGAACAGUCUGCUGUCAUCCUGCUUCUAACAGCAUCAUCAAACUAUAGCAACUGGAUUAACCAAACAACCAAUCGGAGCAUUUCGGAGGGUUUCACCUUUUAGCAGUGUCCUUUGUUUUCUCUUUAUUUUUCCCCUCUCCUGUGCUUUUUUUUUAAUGUCUAGUGCAUACAUAUGCACUUACAAAGAUAUAUAAAACUUUUGCAGACACAAGUACGCCCUUAUAUGGAAACGUGCAUACGUUCUCUCUUAUAAAUGCCAUACAAACACAACUAUAGCUUUUCAUUGACACACACACACACACAGGUUUUUAUAGAUAGAACCAUUUAAACAUAUUCACACACUCAUACAUAGCUUUUUACAGAUACACGUUGAACUUACGAAACCUACAUACGGACUCGCAGCAAGGGUGUGCACUUGUGACUCGUAUUCUGGUAAUUGUAUGAACAUAGUCGUCAACUCGAAAGGAAAUUUGUGAAUUUGAAGAAGGAAAAGGAGGGGAAGAAAACAACAAAAAAAGCAAAAUAGAAAAUUAUAGGGACUUUCCCCUCCCCUCAAAAUUGCUGGCCUUGUGCCCAAGUUACCUAUUAUUUGUAGUAGUUACCGUUAUCCCCUUUUUUUUUUUUAUUACCCCUCUUUCCAUUUCUCUUUUUGUCUUGUUUGAUUCUUAAAUGACCACCAUGGUUGAGGAAAGGUGCCACCCGAUUUUCACCCAAGACCCUGCUCACUGGAUGCAGUACAUCUACAAGAAGGUCCGUGUGCUCACCGGCCCCAACCAAGAGCAUGUGGGUCACGUCUAUACUGUCGACCCGGUCACUUCCAGCUUCAUCCUCGUUCACUUCCCUCCUGCAACUGCUUCUGAUGCUGCUGCCUCCACGGCUGCUAAUGUGACUGGAACUUCUAGUAACUCUGCCACCACUCCAAACACGACCACUGCGAGUGACACUACUGCUGCUACCGUUACCGAAGUUAAGGCUUCUGAUAUUUCUGCUACUACUAGUCCCGCCUCUACCCCCAAGACCAGUGUAGGGGUCUGUGUUAUUCCAGGACAUGCUGUUGUCGAUGUGGCUGUGUUGCAGGAAGAUGAUAAUGAUGCUGGUAACAGUGGCAACGGUCCAAAAGAUAGUGAUUACGAAAAAAUUAAGGCCAGACUUGAUGCUCUGUUCCUCAACAGCAAGAACAGUCAGCUUGGUUUUGGCGACAGCGGCAACAUGGGCAUUGAAACGAGCCAUCUGAGUGAGGAAGCCCUCUCGGAACGCAAGGACAAGCUCAAGUCAUGGAUGCUGAAGAAUCGCUUGCCCGUGCAGGAACAAAAGGGUCAGGAUGGGGACAAACCGAAGUGUCUGUGUGUGGCUGGCGCUGUGACCAUUCUACCACCGUAUGGCCCCGGCAACUGUUGUAGCACCAAUGAGAUAAUCCUGUCGAGAAUCCAGAAUCUCAUUAGAAAUAUGCCACCAACUGUCUGACAAGAGCUGUUAAUUAGCUUCGUUCGUUUGCUCACUGUUGAGGCAAAAUUGAUUAUAAAUCAGAGUAUUGGGUUACCCUGCUGCUACACAGAUCAUGAGUUCAGUUCUCCCUGGUUGCCCAUAACAAAAUGCUGGCGUUUAUUAUUAUUAUUGGCGGCAAACUGGUAGAAUCGUUAGCUCACUGGACGAAAUGCUUAGCGGUAUUUCAUCUGAGUUCAAAUUCUGCCGAGGUCGACUUUGCCUUUCAUCCUUUCGGGGUCGA